GUUCCAAAAAGUGAUUCAGAAUUAUGUAAGUAUGUGACUAAGUAUCAAACACACUCUCAUACAUCUUAUUGCCAGAAUCGACUUACAAGAUGUAGGUUUCACUUUCCACAUCCAGUGUCACCAGAUACAAAAAUUGUCCAAAACAUAGACAUGUCUAAAUCAAACAAAGGUAAAUUUUAUGUUCUUAGAAGGAAUGAUCAGUCUACUAUGAUUAAUCCAUAUAAUCCUGUUGUAUUACGGCAUUGGCGUGCCAAUAUGGAUGUCCAACUUGUCUGUAAUGCAGAGGGAGUGGCAUACUAUGUCUGCAGUUAUUUGUGCAAGUCUGAGCCAGAGGAUUUAAAAUCGGCAUUAGGCAACCUGAUUCUUAAUGUAUUUAAACAAAAUCCAGAUUUGGAAAAGCACAAAAAAUUAUUACAAAUUGGUUUAUGUGUUCUUAAGCACCGUCGUCUUAGCUCGCAAGAGGCGGCAUAUCGUCUAGGUGAUUUAAACUUGCUUCACACUAGCCGCUCUUUUGUAAAUUUAAAUACUAGAUUACCAGAAAAAAGAUUUCGACUUCUCGAAGGAGCUCAAGAAAUAGCUUUGCUUGACAAUAAUAGCACUGAUAUAUUUCAUUCCAAUAUGUUAGAUUAUUAUCAGAAUAGGCCUUCAAGUAUUGAAGCAAUGUCAUAUUUUAAAUUUGCAUCAUUAUACGUUAAAGCUCAACCCUUGAAAGAGAACUCGCGCACAAAUGCAAGUGAAAGAAUUUACAUUCAAAAGUAUGAUAUAUACGUACAUGAGACCCCAAAAAAGUCCAAAAAUAAUAAGAUUUACAAACUUGCCACUCCACAGUGAUGAUUACUAUUACAGUUUACUACUGAUGUUACUUCCUCAUCGAGAUGAAAAGGAAUUGACUCGUGAUUUCCCAAGUGCUAAAGAAGCAUUUCUUGCCAAACGCCAUCUUUUUGAUGUUUCUGUCCCUUAUGAAAAAUUUUCAUUUGUUGAAAAAAUAGAGACUAUUAUGCGUCGUAUACAAAUGUGUGAACAGGAACUAGAAAACAGCCAGAUUGAUUUUCACUUGCAAGAAAAUAGUACUAGAAUACAGUCUUUUGAAAGUUUGUGUUCAUAUAAAAUAAAUGAAGUGUCGCAUGUUACACAAACUGAUAGCUUAGCUACAUCAUAUUUACCAUUUACUUCACAAGAACAAUUGCAUAUGCAUUCUUUACAGUGCUCAAUGUCAUUUGCGGACUAUGAAGCAUGUGUUAGUAAGUUGUCAGAGACUCAAUUAUUUUCUCUUAAUAUAAUUAAAAAUCAUUUUCAAACAAAUCAGAAAAAUUCAUUUCAUUUAUUUAUAACUGGUGGUGCUGGCACUGGUAAAUCUUUUUUAUCGAAAGUAAUAAUCGCAUUUUUAGAACUUUACACAUCUUGCAUUCCUGGGGCUAACCCUGUUUUGGUUUGUGCACCUACUGGUACUGCUGCUAAUGUCAUUGUAGGUCAAACGAUACAUUCUGCAUUUAAGAUUCCAGUAUCUAAUUAUGGAGAAUAUCAACCAUUAUCACCCUUUUGUUUGUCACAGCUGAGAAACAUGUAUGUCACUAUUCAUACACUAAUUAUAGAUGAAAUUAGUAUGGUCAGUAGCACUAUGCUCACUUAUAUCAGUAGAAGAUUAAGUGAUAUUAAACAAUGUGAAUUACCCUUUGGAGGAUUAAACGUAAUAGCUAUUGGUGAUUUUUUUCAGCUCCGACCUGUGAAAGCAUCUUUUGUAUUUGAAAACACCAUUUUGUGGGAAUUAUUUAAGCCAAUUUUUCUGAAGGAAAACAUGCGUCAACGAGAUGACAAUCUUUAUGCCUCUUUGUUAAAUAGAGCUAGAGUUGGAGCAGAAUGAAACUUUUCAGUGCAAAGUUCUAAAAAAGUCUAAAGAGCUUCAACAGUACACAAACAAUGGUGUGCAGAUGAUGUUUUUCAACUUGGUCUGUGCAGAUAGAACUCAGUUUUACAGUUUAAGAGUUUACCAGAAACACAAGUUCAACAAUAUUUCUGUCGGAAGAUCUUAUAAAUUCAUCAAUGCUGUCAACAAAGGUCAAAACAAAUACUGGGUUGUUGCUAGCAGUUUGAUAGCAUUUACUUCUGGAGUUGAUGUGCCUGAACAAAUGGUAAAACAAAUUCCACUGUUACCCGAGGAACAACCAUUAACAGGGGUAAAGAGAAAACUGAACGAAGCAAGUUUAUCUGACGAAAGGUCAACAAUCACGGGAAAAAGUGUGCAGGCAUCACCAGUAAAGUAUAGACGAGAAAAUUUGGCCGUAAGAUUACUCAACAUUAAAGACCCAUCUGGAACCGCAAAAGUUUGCUUAUUUGGGGACAAUGCUGAGAUGAAUUUUGAAGUGGAUGAUGGCGUUGAAAUAAGUGGCCUGUACCGGAAAACUUACAUGGGAAAGCAGCAACUUACAUCAUCACGUGCCACAACUUGCAGAUUCCAAGACGUUGAAGGUAUUUCCAUUGCUCCAACAGACAUAAUGGAUGAUGACGACUUUCUCCCAGAUGACAGGUGUGGUAAAAAAAGCAUUAAAAUCCAAGUUACAGACAUAAUGGAUUUUGAUGUUUAUCACUGCUGUCCAUCCAGAGGAUGCUAUGACAAAAAAUUGGUAAAUAACAAAUGUCCGACAUGUGGAAGGGAAGAGGAGCAAGAGAAAAAAUCCUGUAGAGUUCAGCUACUGUACAGCACCUGUGAAAAAACUAACCAAAAGAUCACCAUUUGGAAAGGAACACUGUCUGACAUCAUUAAGCAAGAAAUUAAUCUUGCAUCUAAUGAUGACUUCUUGGAGCAGAUAUCCGGUCUUCUACCUAUUUCUUUUGAAGCUGAUAUCAUUGACAACAAAUUUGUAAACAUUAAGUAAUAUGCAUGUGUUGAAUAAUUUUGACAACUACCAAACAACAUUGCCUUUUUCUUGGCAUUGUAAAGUGUAUUUUCUAUUUUAGUUUUACUUACUUGUAUUACAUGUAACAUUAAGAAAUGUGCAUGAAAAUGUAUUUUUAGGUGUGACAAAUGCCUGACAAUUUUUUUAAUCUUGAAAUCAUUUAAAUGUACUACAUGUAACAUGAAGUAAUGUUCAUGAAAAUGUAUUUUUAGGUGUGACAAAUGCCUGACAAAAAUGUUUUUUUUUUUUAAUCUUAAAAUCAUUUAAAUGUACAACAUGUAACAUUAAGUAAUGUGCAUGAAAAUGUAUUUUGAGGUGUGACAAAUGCCUGACAAAAAUGUCUUUUUCUUAAUAUUUUAAAUGUACU